GGCGGCGGGGGCGGGGCCGGGGCCGCACCGGGAAGCGGGGGAGGGGCCGUAUCCGUGCGCCGCGCACGCACCCUCCGGUCCCGGCCCGGUCCCGGUCCCGGCCCCGACCAGGCCCAGGCCCCGGUCCCGACCCGGCCAUGAAGUUCCUGUACAAGGAGGAGCACCCGUUCGAGAAGCGCCGCUGCGAGGGCGAGAAGAUCCGCAAGAAGUACCCGGACCGCGUCCCGGUCAUCGUGGAGAAGGCGCCAAAGGCCCGAAUCGGGGACCUGGAUAAGAAGAAGUACCUGGUGCCCUCAGACCUGACAGUGGGCCAGUUUUACUUCCUGAUCCGGAAGCGGAUCCACCUGCGGGCAGAGGACGCGCUCUUCUUCUUCGUCAACAACGUCAUCCCCCCCACCAGCGCCACCAUGGGCCAGCUCUACCAGGAGCACCACGAGGAGGAUUUCUUCCUGUACAUCGCCUACAGUGAUGAGAGCGUCUACGGGGCCUGAGCCCCCUCCGGCCCCCCCCCGCCGCCCCCCCCAGCCCCCCGCGGCGCCGCGGCUUCGGCCUCAAUAAACGCGACGGAGCCGC